UCCACCGGCGGUCGUCUCACUCUAGUCGUCUCGGCCUGCUUCAGGGACCAUUAGUACUGUGCACUCAGGCGAGAUACUGUGCUGCUCAAGCUUCAUGUCCUCGCCCCUCCUGCUGACCUAGAGGAUAACAAACUUACUUAUCUUAAGCUUUACAGCGGAAAAUUAAGGCGGUGCUGGUGCAGGAUGAAGCCGGCCAUGUGGUACCUGAUGAUGUUGGUGGUUGGCUUCUUCUACAUCUACCUCACCGCCAUCCAGUACAUCCGGGGACAGGUGGUGCACGACCCUCCGUCUAGCUACCAGCCACAGUACGACCCCCAGUACUACGACGAGAACCUCAUCAACCCCGCCAACGCCCUCGACUUCGAGUACCAUGACUACGCCAAGAUUACGGACUACCUACGCUCGAUGAGCGCCACCUACCCGAACCUAACGGCACUCUACUCCAUCGGCAAGACAGUCCAAGUUGUGGAGGCGGCCGCGUCCUCAGCUGUUGUGGAGACGGCCACGUCCUCGGCUGUUGUGGAGGCGGCCGCGUCUGGUUGA